AUGGCCUCCGCUGGGCAGAUCAUCGUCUGGAGCAUCAUCAACGCCAUCAUCAUCCUGGCUGGGGCGAUCGCACUCAUCAUUGGCUUUGGUAUUUCAGGGCGACACUCCAUCGUGGUGACCACGUUUACGUCGGCAGGCAACCUGGGAGAGGACAGCAUCCUGAGCUGCACGUUUGAACCUGACAUCAAGCUCAACGGCAUCAUCAUCCAGUGGCAGAAGGAGGGCACAGCGGGCUCCGUCCACGAGUUCCGGGGUGGCCGGGACGACCUCUCGCAGCAGCACGAGGCGUUCCGAGGCCGCACGGCGCUGUUCUCAGAUCAGGUCAUUGUCGGUAACGCCUCUCUAAGGCUCAAAAGCGUGAGGCUGACAGACGCUGGGACUUACCAGUGUCUCAUCGUCACCUCCAAAGGCAAGGGGAGCGCACACCUGGAGUACAAGACCGGAGCCUUCAGCAUGCCAGAGAUGAACGUGGACUUCAACACCAGCUCCGAGAGCCUGCGCUGUGAGGCCCCCAGGUGGCUCCCCCAGCCCACGGUGGCCUGGACAUCCCAGGUGGACCAGGGGGCCGACUUCUCCCAAGUGUCCAACACCAGCUUCGAGCUGAACUCAGAGAACGUGACCCUGAAGGUGGUGUCGGUGCUCUACAAUGCCACAGUCAACCACACCUACUCCUGCGUCAUCGAGAACGACAUUGCCAAGGCCACGGGGGAUAUCAAAGUGACAGACUCAGAGAUCAAGCGGCAGAGUCGACUGCAGCUGCUGAACUCCAAGGCCUCCCCGGGCGCAGCUGCCUUCUGUCCCCUCGGCUGGACGCUCCUCCCUCUGAUGCUCAAAUAA